AUGCAUCAUCUCAACCUUGGCUCACAUGAGAACCUGGUAUUUGUUAAUGAGUACAUUGAGCAUCUCAGAAAAAGGGUUGAGCGGCAGGAAUGCAUUCGUUGCGAGAAAACCAUUGCAGCUAGGAACGCUUUGAUGAACCAUAUACGUAAGAGGAAUCAUAGAGAGGUGAAUCGAGCGAAUCACUACUACGACAAGUUCUACAUCAUCAACUAUCUCGAGCUCGGAAAACGCUGGUUGGAUGUGUUGGGAGAGGAUUUCGAGGAUACAACAACAGCUUUCCAGGAGAGCGAUGAAGAACUUGAAGCAGAAUCAUGGUGUGAAUGGCAAGAAGACAAUGUGGACCUUGAUGAGACUCGUGUUGUAUGUUUGCUUUGUGAUGAAUCGACUGAACGUGGCGAUCUUCUUAUUGAGCACAUACAGGAAAAGCAUGGAUUUGAUCUUCUUAAGUUGAUCAAGGACAACAAAUUGGAGACUUAUGAGCGUAUGCAGUUGAUUAACUACGUUCGAAAGCAGGUA